UACCUACAGUUACAAACUGCAGACGGUCCUGAGUAUCGGCAACAUCAAUGGUGUCAUUUUGGCAUCAAUUGGGGCCACCUCUAGAUACAAUAAUUUACGACAUCACUAUAUUGCUCAAAUCAACUAUAAGUUUCUAUAGAUUCACGAUUUUAAAUUUUUUAGUGAUUAGAAAAGUGCCAUCUUGAAUAUAGUAUCGCACUCAACCCGCGCGGUCCCGGUCAGUUUCGUGCAUCCAAUAUGGCUGGACGAGGUGGUUACGAAGAUUCAAGAGAUUAUGGCGGUACAUAUCGAAGUGGCAGAAAGCCAUUACCAACUGAACCACCUUAUACUGCAUAUGUAGGAAAUUUGCCAAAUGGGAUUGUACAAGGAGAUGUUGAUAAGAUCUUUAAAAAACUUAAUGUUAAAGGAAUCAGAUUGGUUAAAGACAAAGAUACUGAUAGGUUUAAGGGUUUUUGUUAUGUUGAAUUUGAAGAUUUAUCAGACCUAGAGGCAGCAUUGGAAAUGGAUGGAGCAGUAGAAGUAGAUAAAAGUAUCAUUAAAAUAGAUGUAGCAGAGAAUAGAAGAAACGAACGAGGCGGUGGUUUUGACAGAAGAGGUCGUGGUGGUGGUGGCAUUGGAGGAGGCUUUAGAGGAAGAGAUGGUGGUCGUGGUGGAUAUGGUGAUGAUUUUAGAAGCAAAUCUAUGUAUUCUAGAGGUUAUGUAAGUCAAGGUCAAGGUCAAGGUCAUGGUAGUAGACAAAGUAGUACAUGGGACAUGAAGGGUAACCGAGGUAACAGUAGUCAGUUUAAUGAUGAUGCAGGAGGUGGAAAUCGAGAAUGGUUGCAUAAUGCGCCGUCUAGAUCAUAUGGUAAUAGACCACCCCCGCGUGGUACUGGGCCUGAAAGAAAACCAUUUCAUGAUGAAUCAUAUCAUAAAGAUCCACCACCAGCUGAAACAAGUGGAAGAAAACGUCUGGUAUUAGCACCAAGAACAAUUCAAGAUCCUAUAAAUGCAAUUGCAGAAUCAAGUAAAUCAAGUUCAAUUUAUGGUGGAGCAAAACCUCGGGACGAAAAAAUUAAUACUAAUAAUACUGACAAGUAAAUACAUUAUCAUUGCUAGUUUCUGAUUCCCUAAAUUUUAGGGAAAGGAACUUUCCCAACAAAAACAUUUGGAAACCAAUACAAGAUUCCUUAGUUUCCUCAAGUGUAGUGGGGAGAAUCUUUUCAGAGAUGAAAUUGUAAUAAUUUUUACUUACCCCUAAGGGGAGUCUUCCCCACAAUAAUGAUAAAAAAGUGAUUUAAUGAGAUUUUUAAGUUCUACGUAUUUGGCAUUUUUAAUUAAGAAAAUUUAUUCAUCUAGUGCCCCUUCUAUUCAUACUAAUUUCUUAGUUAAAAAGAUGUAAUGUUAAAUUGAGAAUUUAAAGUAAAAGUUGUGUGCAUCAUGCAUGCUCCAGUAAUAUUGGUUAUGUGUAAUUAUAUGUAUA